CAGUCAUGUAUGCAUUGAUGCAGCUUAAUGAAAUGGAGCAAGUGGAGCAAGCGGAUGCAGUCAGGCUCCAGCGUUUAGUUCUGGAGGAUCGUGCAGACCGUUUUGUGUCCUCUCGGAUGAGGAGUUCAUGGAACGUCACAGGCUGACCAAGGACUGCACGAAAAUUCUUCUUGACAAGAUUCAUCCAGGGUUGCCACGAGGAGGAAAUAUGAGAGGUUUAAGUGUUCCACCUCAGCUUCAGCUCCUGGCAUGUUUGCGUAUCUGGCAACUGGAAGCUUCCACUGAGCAUGGCAGAUUGCUCAAAAUGUCAAAAACCUCUGUGUGCAAGUGUGUUGGUCUGACUGCCAGAGCUACUGCGUCCUUGGCCUCAGAAUACAUCAAGUUCCCGGAUGCAAGAGAUGAGGCUGCAAACAUCAGAAGUUCCAGAUGAC